AGUGUCACGACUGUUUUAAAAUAGCUAUUCACUCAUAAUCCACCCUAACUCAGGAAAUGGGUUUAUUCAAUUUAGGCUGAUUCAACAGGGACUUCAAACCUAAUUUAGGAGCAAAUAAAGUUUCCAUAAAGAUAUGAUCUUUAAACUGGAAGAGGAAUUGAACGUGACCUGGCGAGGAUGAGUCUAUGCGCGCCGAGUGAGAACAUCACUCCUGAGCAGGAAGAGGCUGGCACCCAGGAGGAGAGUCGUGAAACUCCAGACCCAGACAGCAGCGCGGAGAGAUAUGAGCCCACUGCUGACGUCAGUACUGCGGAUGAGUCACCGGCGUGUCACUGGGACCUGCUGCCUGACGUGUGUCUGCAUCACGUGCUCCGGUGGGUGGGCGAUCAGGACCGUGCCCGGGCCUCCCUCGUCUGCAGCCGCUGGCACCGUGCCACGCGCUCCCCGGCGCUCUGGCGCCGCCGCCGUUUCUGCUUCAUGGGUCGCACGUCCAAGAGCCAGCGGCCUGAGCAGGAGAUAGCGGUGGGGUACGCACGCUCACUGGGCGCCUUCCUGGAGGAGCUGGAGGUCCUGGUGGUGCUGCCGUACAGGCGCAUGGUGACAGUGGCCCGGAGGAUCCAGCUGGCACUCAGGGCGCUCUUCCUGGAGCUGUGCGGCGCCGGUGCUCGACUGCGCUCUUUCUCCGUCAGGAGCCUGGACCUGCAGCAGGACGUGUGGACGAGAGGGACGCGCAACGCCGUCGUCCACUGCCUGACGCACUUCCUGGGCCACAUGGCAUCUCACCUGCUUCACCUGAGGCUGCGGGGCUGCCGGGCCACUCUGCCACAUGGGCUGAGGAUCCUGGAGACCGUGGCCAGGGCGCAGCAGCAGCACCUUGCCUGCACGGGCUCUAUGUCCGGCGGAAUCGUCUCUCUGGACCUGGAGGGGUUCUUCUCGGCCGACGUGCCCAUGCACAGCCAUCAGGCAUUCCCACGCCUCAUCAGUCGCUUCUACAGGCUAGAGUGUUUGAUCCUCAGCUACAGCUGUGUGUCUGAUGAGCUGCUGGAGGCGUUGGGGUCGAAGGUCAGAAGGUCAGGUCUGAAACUUCUGAAGCUGAAGUGCCAUUACGAGGAGCCACACUCUCAGGUGGUAUGUGGGUCCGCCUGGUUCUCACUGGUGCGGAGCUGCCCUGAGCUCUGUGUGGAGGUGGACAUCGAGGGGGUCACCAACAUAGACAGACUGCGGAGGAUCCUGCUCCCUGAUGUCCCUCUGUCCUCCUUCGCCAUGUCAGAGUGCAACUUCAGUGAGCAGGACAUCAGCCCCAAACCCAUAUUCAGAGACAUACUACCACGCUACUGCAGCCGGCUACAGGUCUUGUCUGUGGAAAUCGAUAACUGUUAUGAGUCCGUGGACAGGGAGCUACUUGAUCUACUGAUGAUGUGCAGCCAGUUGCACACCCUGGUGGUCAAUGCCUACCUGGACAUCAGCUUUGUGGAGCAGGUGCUUGAGUACUGCCAGGAGACCAGAUGCCCUCUCAGGAGCUUUGAUGUGAAGGUGUGCUACCUCAGUGCAGGAGACAGCCACGAGGAGAGUGAGGAAGAGAGGCUGGAGGAGCUCAUGUCCUUUUACAGCCACUUCACACACCCAGAGCUCCAGCUCUCAGUUGAACUCUUCCCCAUUAAAUGACUUUACAAGUGGA